GGUCCACUUUCCUUUUUAAUCAUUAAAAAACUAAAAUAAACAUCGGGUUUGACUUAUUGCCACUUUUUCUUCUUAUAAUUUAUACAGUCUUCUGUUUUCUUGUCUUUCUUCCCACCAUUUUUCCCCUAUAAUUUAAUUUCCUUUCUAAUUCUAAAUUGAUUUUGACCCCCACUUUUUCCUCAACAAUAAUUUCAUGCAAUCAUUUUAUUUUAUUUUUUGAUACAACUUCACAACAGCACAACCAACCCAAAUCAAUAAAUUACUCAAAAAAAAAAAUAAAAAAAUAAUGAAAAUUCAAUUCAAAUCAAAGAAAAUGAAAACCUAAAAUUUCUCAUACUUGUAUUAAAAAAACGUCUUCAAAAAAUUCACAACAAUCCGAAAUAUUAUGUGCAGAAGAAAAAUGGCAGUAGACGCCAUACCCCCCACAUCACCACAUCCAAAACACUCAUCUCCCCGCCACCGCAACAACCACCGUAAACCACCGUCAAACUCCGGAAAAUCAACCCCAACACCGAUUUCCUCCGCCGCAUCUUCCGACCAAUCAACCACCUUAAACAAACCCACUUCCAAUUUCACCUCUUCUUCAACCUCCCACUCUAGCCGCCAUUCUCUAUCCAGCCUCCGCAACUCGCUACCUGAAAACCCCCACCUCUACGACAUCUCCGAGAUUCGCUCCGCCACCAACAACUUCCUCGCUAAAACUUACUCUGCUUCCCGGUGUUGGCGGUGUCAUUUGCUCGGAAAAGACGUGUUGAUUUUUCAGAGGAAGGUGAAUCAUAGUCAUGAUUUACGCCCACCAAGUGUUCGACAAAAGUUGUCUUCCAUUUGUAGGUCGCAUCAUAUUGCUAUUGUUAAUCUAGUUGGAGCAUCGAUUUCUGGGAAUUAUGUUUAUUUGGUUUACGAUUUCAUUGAGGGUGCGAAUUUGUCUGAUUUGUUGCAUAAUAAGAGUAAUCCGGGGUUUACUGUUCUUGAUUCGUGGAUGUCGAGGAUGCAGAUUGCGUCUGAUUUAGCAAAUGGGAUUGAUUACAUUCAUAAUAAUAAUACUGGGUUAGAUGUGAAAUCUGUUCAUAAUCAUAUUAAAUCGAGCAGUGUUAUUGUUACUGAGCCGUCGUUUAAUGCGAAGCUUUGCCAUUUUGGGACUGCUGAGCUUUGCGGCGAGCCGACGGAGGAGAAGGAAUUGGAUGAUUUGGGUGUUAGUUAUAAGGUUGAGGAGAUUCUUGAUGAGGAGGAAAGUACGUCUUCUUCACCGAAGAAAUUGAACCGAUCUAACAGUAUCAAGUUCAACGGGACUACAGGGUACAUGUCGCCAGAGUUCCAAUUGACGGGUGUGGGGACUCGAAAAUCCGAUGUGUAUGCUUUCGGGGUGGUGUUGGUGGAGUUGUUGUCGGGGGAGGAGCCGGUAAAGUAUACAUACAACAAAGCGACGAAGGAGUACAUAAAAUUAUCGGCGGUGGAAUCUGGCCGAGCAGUGGUGGAGGAAGGUGGAGUUGAGAGGGAAGGGAGGCUAAGGAAAUGGAUUGAUAUACGGCUAAAAGAUUCGUACCCGGUUGAGGUGGCUGGUAAAAUGACGCGAUUGGCGGUUGAAUGUUUACACGAGGACCCUAAUAAACGGCCAGAUAUGCGACGCGUGGCGGGUAAAAUAUCUAAGCUUUAUUUGGAAUCUCAAGUUUGGUAUGACAAAAUGAAAAUUCCUACUGAUUUUACAGUGUCGUUUGCUCCCCGGUAGUAUAGUAUACUUCAUGUAUUGUUGACUUUAAUAUAAGUCAACCUUAUUUUAAAGAUUGUUUUCUCAUUUUAGAUUUUGUAUUUUAUAAUUGGAUAAUCUUGUGUAGUUUUGUGUACAAUAACCUGUAAUGUACAGAGUAUUAAAAAAUAAAAAUAAUGAUUUAGAUUGAUCAUUGUUUUUGGGUUGUGGACUUGUGGGCUUGUUACAUACUCCCUCCAUUUUUAAAUAUUUGCUCUAUUUUUUUAUGUGCGGAAUUUUAGGAUAAGUUUGAGAAAGUAAUAAAAUAUGGAGGUAGUAAGGUUGGUGGAAGAAUAAAAAAACUGUAAAAAAAAACAAAAGUAGG